AUGACAUCAAUCACCCCAGCUCGACCAUCAUUAACAUCGAAUGAUUCAGCUGUCCUCCAAGCACUCUUCGAUGCCGAAUCCUCUCCCUCAUCAGGAAUUAAAAUUGACUCCUCUCUUCCAUCCUGGCCCUCAUCCCUGAAAAUCCCCGAAUCAAACCUGUCAUCACUCAAGCAACGCGAAUCAGCAAUCAUCCGCAAAGUCCAAGGAGAUGAAUCACCAAGCCAAGAAACCGUUACCUCUGCAUUGUAUGAAUUCGACGAGCUCAUCCUCCACAAUGGUUCAUAUCCAUCUGCAUACAUAAAUCGGGCCCAGACACUCCGUCUCUUGGUCGACCUGAUCCACAACAAAGAAACCGGAACAAGUGAGGUUCCCAAUACCGAACUAAAAGAUGCCGCGUUAUUCUCUCCACAAACCUCCCAAUUAUGUUCUCGGAUUUUCUUGGAUUUGGGUCAAGCCAUUACUCUCGCUACGCCGGCCUCUCCAGCGGAUGCGAUUUCAAGUGCGCAGGCGAGACUUUUGGCUGACGCACAUACGCAUCGGGGUUAUCUGCUUUUGAAAGCUGCUCGAGUUAAGAAGGAAUUUCCUGAAAAUUCCCAGGAAGGCCCGGAACGAUUGCGUGGGCUUAGCGCUGAUCAGCUUGAGGAGAUGGCUAGUCAGGAUUUCUUCUUUGGUGGUCGAUAUGGGAAUAAGGUUGCACAGCAGCUUGCUGUGCAGACGAAUCCGUAUGCCAAGAUGUGCGGGUCGAUUGUUAAAGAGGCUCUGAGGAAGGAACUUGAAGGGUGA